GCAUUUAGUCUUGCCAAGAUGGAGAGUCUCAGGCGGGCCUUCUGAGCUGCUGCUUGUCACUGGGGACAACCACGUGCACGCAGUGCUGAGGCGCCCCACGCGCGUCCUCAGGGGGAAGCCAGGCACUGAGAACAAAGGUUGUAGGACCGCUCUUUCAGGAACGCACCAGCUCCGCGAGCUCCCGGCAGCCAGCGCGGUCCACCCAUUGGCGGGAGAGGAUUCACCGCCUGCUCCGCAGCGGGACCGCGUAGACCUCAGCUCCCAGAGCAGCGCAGGUCUGCACAAGGACUAUGGGCGCCGCGCUGGGGACAGGCACGCGGCUGGCUCCCUGGCCGGGCCGGGCCUGCGGCGCCCUCCCGCGCUGGGCACCCUCCACGCCUGCCCAAGGCUGCCACUCCAAGCCCGGCCCGGCGCGCCCUGUGCCCCUGAAGAAGCGCGGAUACGAUGUCACCAGGAACCCUCAUCUCAACAAGGGGAUGGCCUUUACCCUUGAAGAAAGACUGCAACUUGGAAUCCACGGCUUAAUCCCACCCUGCUUUCUGAGUCAGGAUGUCCAGCUCCUCCGAAUCAUGAGAUAUUAUGAGCGGCAGCAGAGUGACCUGGACAAGUACAUCAUUCUCAUGACACUCCAAGACCGGAACGAGAAGCUCUUCUACCGAGUGCUGACUUCGGAUGUGGAGAAGUUCAUGCCUAUCGUGUACACACCCACCGUGGGGCUGGCCUGUCAGCACUAUGGCCUCACCUUCCGCAGGCCCCGUGGACUGUUCAUCACCAUUCAUGACAAGGGCCAUCUUGCAACAAUGCUGAACUCUUGGCCAGAAGACAAUAUUAAGGCCGUGGUGGUGACUGAUGGGGAGCGCAUCCUGGGCCUGGGAGACCUGGGCUGCUACGGUAUGGGCAUCCCUGUGGGCAAGCUGGCCCUGUACACAGCGUGCGGAGGAGUGAACCCACAGCAGUGCCUCCCUGUGCUGCUGGAUGUCGGCACCAACAAUGAGGAGCUGCUCAGAGACCCUCUGUACAUCGGCCUGAAACACCAGCGUGUGCGCGGGAAGGCGUACGAUGACUUGCUGGACGAGUUCAUGCAGGCUGUGACAGACAAGUUUGGAAUAAAUUGCCUCAUCCAAUUUGAAGACUUUGCCAAUGCCAAUGCCUUCCGCCUGCUCAACAAAUACCGCAACAAGUACUGCAUGUUCAAUGAUGAUAUCCAAGGCACAGCCUCCGUUGCUGUGGCAGGGAUCCUGGCUGCUCUGCGAAUCACCAAGAACAAGCUUUCCAAUCACGUGUUUGUUUUCCAAGGUGCAGGCGAGGCAGCUAUGGGCAUUGCUCACCUCCUCGUCAUGGCCCUAGAGAAAGAAGGUGUACCGAAGGCAGAGGCCACAAGAAAGAUCUGGAUGGUGGACUCUAAAGGGCUCAUUGUCAAGGGGAGGAGCCACCUGAACCAUGAAAAGGAGAUGUUUGCCCAAGACCAUCCUGAAGUGAACUCCCUGGAGGAGGUGGUGAGGCUGGUGAAGCCCACAGCCAUCAUAGGUGUUGCUGCCAUCGCAGGAGCCUUCACGGAGCAGAUUCUGAGGGACAUGGCCUCCUUCCACGAGCGCCCUAUCAUCUUUGCCCUGAGCAACCCCACCAGCAAGGCCGAGUGCACGGCUGAGAAGUGCUACCGGGUCACCGAGGGCCGGGGGAUUUUUGCCAGUGGAAGUCCUUUUAAGAGUGUGACUCUGGAAGAUGGCAAGACCUUCAUUCCUGGGCAGGGAAACAAUGCUUACGUGUUCCCUGGGGUGGCACUGGGAGUCAUCGCCGGCGGGAUCCGGCACAUCCCAGAUGAGAUCUUCCUCCUGACAGCAGAGCAAAUUGCCCAGGAAGUCUCUGAGCAGCAUCUGUCCCAGGGGAGACUGUACCCACCACUGAGCACCAUCCGAGAUGUGUCUUUGAGAAUUGCCAUCAAAGUUCUCGACUACGCGUACAAACACAACCUGGCUUCCUACUAUCCAGAGCCUAAGGACAAGGAGGCUUUUGUGAGAUCCCUGGUCUACACUCCAGACUAUGACUCCUUUACACUGGACAGCUAUACUUGGCCCAAGGAAGCCAUGAAUGUUCAGACGGUCUGAUGCAGUCUCAGAGCCUGGUGUGGUUCCCUGAGAAGACACCCCAGUAAUCCUUUGGAUGCCAAUCUCAGAUUCAGUGUCUGUUUCCUGGGGAACCCAACUUACAACAGGUAGAGGAAACUGGCCAAAGUUCUUAAUUUUCCAAUUUGUUGCACCAGCCCCACGUGACCACCAAAAGCUUUUCUGGGUUUCCCUUUCCCUCAGGACAGACCCUCUUCAUGGACCAAGCUUGAUCCUUAUUAGUUCAUGUCCAGAAUCAGAAAAUGUCCCUAGAAAAUAAAAUGGUCACUUACCUCAGGAGGCCUCCUCCCUCUCUGGAAUUCCCAUUCACCUAGUCCUUAUUGCUUUCAUAGCUCUCACAUAUCUUUAAAUAUGAUCUUUAUAAUUUUUCCAUCUUUUUCUAGUUGUUGCAGGAAAAGUUUUAAGCUGCCAUGACCUACUACAUCCUAUUUAGAAGUGGAAGUCUCUAGAGAGAUUUUCAAAAUUAUGGAUGUGUGGAUAUUAACUUCUUUCCUAAUUUAAUUGAAUUGUGGUGAUAAAAGGUGUUCUGUAUUUUUCAAAUAGCUUAAAAUGUGCC